AAGAAGAACGACUAUCGGAAGCUAGCUGUAACAACGAGUUGCUAACCGUUUUGUGAGACUUGAUAAAAUAACAUAGUGAAAAGUAACCCUGAGGAGAGAUAAGGUUCCCGCUGCCAGCAGAUCAUGCAGCGCUCUAAAAGGUAAUGAGCCGUAAAGCCUCAGGGUCUCGGCUCAGCGGCGCCCACAAACUGCGGCCAAACUGGAACGACUGGCAGCCCAGAGUUGACAGUAUAUCAUCCAGCCAGGACGAAGGGAAGUCGGGAGAGCUUGGUUCAGGACCGUAUGACGUGUUGCCCUCCAGCUGCCCUGAACAGCCAGUGGUGCCCAGUGAUGUCUACACUGCUGCAAAUGCACAUCAGGAAGAAGGUGGAUAUGAAGCUGGUCAAGGUGUCUGUGAUACUUCGUUUGGUUGGAAGUCGCUGGGGAAAGAGUUGAGGCCUAAUGACGUGACAACGGAUUUGAUACCUUUUCAGCAUGGAACCCGUGCUUUAGCUUCAAAGGACAUGAGGAAAUCGCAGGACAGAGGAAUGGCUCACUCAGAGGAGUCUCGACUGACCAACCUCCUGCGCCGAGUUUCCAGGGAAGAUGACCGCGACCGGAGGCUGGCCACUCUCAAACAACUAAAGGAAUUCAUCAGCCAUGGCGAAAGCAAAGUGGUUAGUCAGAUUCUGUAAAGAUCAUCUUCCAGUUUUGUCAUUGCAAACCUUCUGUAAUAUGAAAAUAAGACAUAAUCAGAAAAUAAGACAUAGUCAUGUUAAAACUGUGCCUCUCAUCUUCAUCUCGGCGCAAAAUUUGGGAUAUUUCACGGUCUCUGCAGUCAUGCACGCAGUGACCAACAGACUGGCUCAAACUUUUUAACAAACUUGUCUGACUAUAAUAGUAAAUUCCUAUGUAGUUUCUGGUAUUGGCUCUGUUUGGCUUUAUAUUCUUAGUAUUCUUCGACAGUGUUGCAUUUAAAUGCCACACACAUGCUCGUGAUAUCUGAAAUAUUUGUUGAUUUAGUUUUAGUG